AGAUAGAGGAUGUGUGUAGCAGCCUUUAUCUUUCCUUUCGAUUCGACAACGUCGAUCUCGAUCACGCUCUCGCCGGAAGCGUCAGUUGAAAGUCACGGCCUUCCUCUGUCAUGGCCGCGAAUCUCCGGUGUUCCGGAGCUCGCAACGAUAACCAUAGCGAAUACGAGAGCGUGUAUCCGACCGGCAUCGAGGACGAGGAGGAAGCAUUUAUACGACAGGCGGUGGUAACGUGAGGGCAGGUGGUGGCCAGCGACCGAAAGAUCGCGUGGGUCAUCCACGAGGCGAUGGACGGCCGCCGCAGGAUGAAGUUUAGGAAGCUCUUCCGUAGCCGAAUGUCACGGGCCACCGUAUCCGCCACGAAGCUGAAGCAAUGCGUCAGGAAGCAGCCGACCAAAGUCCGGAAAUGCAUGUGCCUACCAUCCAAUUAUGCCCUCGUUGAAUUCCCCGUGGUCUGGUCCGAACUCAGAGCGAAUCAACAAUUGUGCGAUGGUGCGGUUAGAUGCGCCAGGAACCAAGUAUUCCCGGUGCAUCGUGCCAUUUUGUCAGCCGUCAGUCCGUACUUCAAGGCCCUUUUUACCAACAGUCUGAAAGGAGGAAAGACAGAGACCACGGAGGUCGCUAUCGACUCAGUUGCCGGUGAAAUUUUCAGUUUGAUCCUUGAUUAUGCCUACACCGGCACGUGCAACGUGAACGCCGACAACGUCGAGCAACUUUUACCUCUGGCCGAUCAAUUCGAGGUCCUAGGGGUCGUUCAGCUUUGCUGUCAAUUCCUGUUGCAGGAACUUCGACCGGAAAAUUGCUUAGGUAUCUUUAAAUUCGCUCGCCACUAUUUCUGCCGCGACCUAGAAAAGAAAGGCCGGAAAUACAUUCGGCAUCACUUUAAGCGGAUACUCCAAGACAGCCCGGAAUUCAAAGAGCUGACGAGCGAAGAGCUCGAAGCGAUUCUACGCGACGACGAGCUGAACGUUAAAAACGAGGAAAUUGUUUUCGACGCCGUUAAAACCUGGACGGAGUAUAACGUGGAGGAAAGAAAGGCCUAUUUACCGUGCCUCUUGAAAUCCGUACGUUACGGUUUGAUGAGCUACAACUUCUUCGUGAACAACGUUCUAGGCUGGAAGAUCAUCGAGGAGGAUGAAUUGUGCCAGCAGGUGCUGAUAUCCGCAAAUACAUACCUGAGAGAGCAAGAGACGAAGCAAGGUGGUGGCGAGAUCGAUCCGAAGAAUCCUCUAGCUAAACCACGAAUUCCCUAUGAGAUCUUGUUCGCGAUCGGUGGCUGGAGUGCCGGUUCCCCGACCAAUUUCGUCGAGACCUACGACACCAGAGCUGACAGAUGGUUUCUAUCAGUGAACACGGACGCGACACCGAGGGCUUACCACGGUCUAUGCGCUCUGAACAAUCUCAUCUACAUGAUCGGCGGCUUCGACGGUAAUCAACAUUUCAACACGGUCAGAUGCUACGAUCCAGUGACGAAGGAGUGGCGAGAGAGAGCCUGCAUGUAUCACGCGAGGUGUUAUGUCAGCGUUUGUACCCAUGGUGGGAAGAUUUACGCGCUCGGAGGAUACAAUGGCCGUACCAGAAUGAGCUCCGGCGAGAGAUACGAGCCGCAAAGGAAUCAAUGGGAAAUGAUACCGCCGAUGCAUCGGCAAAGGUCGGAUGCAAGCGCAGCUGCAUUGCAGGACAAGAUUUACAUCGUUGGCGGUUUCAACGGCAGGGAAGUGUUGAACACCGCCGAGGUAUUCGACGUGGAGACCAAUCAAUGGAGUUACAUCCAUUCGAUGAUCCAUCCACGAUCCGGGGUCUCUUUGGUCGCUUUUAGAGACAGUCUGUAUGCUCUGGGUGGCUUCGAUGGCUUCAGUAGACUCAGUUCCGGGGAACGUUACAAUCCGAAUCAUUCGGAGGAUUGGCACGCGGUUCCGGAGAUGUUCAGCCCUCGCAGCAAUUUCGCCACGGUCAUUCUGGACGACAUGAUUUUCGUCGUUGGUGGCUUCAAUGGUUCCACGACCAUCGCGUACGCGGAAUGUUACGAUGCAGAUAGCAACGAAUGGUACGAUGCAUCGCCGAUGAAUUUGAAUCGAAGUGCUCUUAGUGCUUGCGUGAUAGCGGGCCUCGCAAAUGCGAGCGAAUAUUCUUAUCAGAGUAAAGCGCGAGAUUUGGGUCAAGGACAAGCAUCGUCCGAGAAUCAAGAUAAAACUAAUCAAGGGGGCGAAGGGGCUGUUGAAACAAAUGCGACCAUUUCCGUGGAAGAGGGCGAGUUCGUGAACAUCGACGAACUCGUUCAAGAAGAAAUCUAAACGAGACGUACAAUACUGUCGGCAAUCUUCUAGGAUAGUUCGGCAAGGAAAUAUUGCUCAGCGUGCGGAACAAUUUAUAAUUUGAAAAGUACAAAAAAAAGAUGGUUGACUCACGAAUACUCGAGAUCUACGUAUCAUCAUUUUGAAGGUACAAGAAAAGAGAUAUUUAAUUAAAUGAUGAUACGAGAUAUCGACGUAUUCGUGACGAGAAAAGAUUAAAAAGAUACAAACAGAUAAAAGAGAAAGAGAAAAAAAAAAUGAAAGA